AGCAGGUCCUGCGGAAAGUCCAGAAAUUUUGGGAGAUGUGUGGGUGACCGCAGACAUGAGAGAGGUGGGGGUCCCUCGCCAGGACCUCACUGACCCCCUCUCCCUGGUCCCCCCGGGGUGGUCCCCGCGGGCUGGGUGUCCUUCACCGGGGCACAGCCGACCCCAGGCCGGUUGCCGCCCGGAGCCGGGGAGGUGCCUGACCUCAAGCCCGGGGCUGGGGUGUGGGACAGGCCCGCGCGGGAGGGACGGGCUCGGGUUACGGCCUCGUACAGAGAUGAGUGGGGCUGCGGGUUCCUGGUGCCGCGGCCGAGGGGUAUUAAAGGGGAGAGCACGGGCGGCUGCGGGCCCCGGCAGCGCCCCCGGCCAUGGCGGGCCCGGGCAGCGACGGGGACCUGCGGCGCCUGCUGAAACUGCACCGCACCGAGAUCGCCAUGGCCGUGGACGACGUCUUCCCGCUGCUGCACGGCCUGGCUGACCACGAUGUCGUCCCUGACCACAUCUUCAAGGAGACGCUGAGCCGGGCGGAGCGGGAGGGCUCCCACCGCGCCUUCCACGCGCUGCUCACCUGGCUGCUGGGCCGCGACGCAGCCGCCGUGCGAGACUUCUGGGCCGUCCUCUUCAAGGACUACAACCUGGAGCGGUACUCCCGGCUCCGGCCUCUCCGCGGCGCCUUCCCCAGAGAGGUGGAGCUGGGGCGGCAGCGCCGUGGAAGGCGUCUCUCCCCAAGCCCCACAGCACCGGCCCCACACAGACCCCAAGGCAAGAGGAAAGCCCCUGAGGAGCGGGACAAGGCCCGGGCGGCACAGCCCGCUCCACGGCACAGCGCCAGUCCUGGGCCCCUGGGGAAAGCAAAGACUGUGAAGAAGCCGGAGGGCACAGAUACCCCCCGCACCUCUCGUGCCAGCGCUCUCCAGGCAGUGGCUGCCUCGGUGCAGAGGGCAGUGGCUGUGGCAGGUGGCGAGGUGCCCGUCAGCCGUGGGGCCAUCGAGGGCAUCCUCAUUAAACACGUGCUGGACCCAAACAGCUCCAAGACAGGCAGCAGAGCUGGUGACAAGCCAUAUACCCCAAGUGCCUGCGAGGAGCCAGAGGCCAGGAGCAGAAGCCACAGCCUGAAGCCCCCAGCCCAGCCCAAGGCAUGCCAAAGUGUACAAACACCCCCCUCAUUUGUUUUCACCCCCAUCUUGUGCAGCUGCCAAGGCUCUGGCAGGGGGAUGUUCCUGCAUGGCAUCAUAGCCAUGGCCUGGGGGUGUCCCCAGUGCAAGCAGUGCCUCUCCAAACCCCUUCUUGUCUUGCCAACAGAACAGGGAGCCCCAACUGCACCCUCAGGGCCAGCUACCUUGCGACAACCAUGGCUUCAGCCUGUGAGGGUGGCAGUGACCCCCUGCCCACUCCCCCGGGAACAGGAGAACGAGGAUGAGUGUGCAGCAUGCGGUGAUGGUGGUGAGCUCAUCUGCUGUGACGGCUGCCCCAGGGCCUUUCACCUUGCCUGCCUGGUGCCCCCGCUGCCCCACGUCCCCAGCGGCACGUGGCGAUGUGGCUCCUGUGUGGAGAACGUGACUGAACCAGGCCAGCUGCUGGAGGCGGAUCUGCCUGUGGAGAGACCCCCCGAGAUGCUGGGGGAGGCAGCACGGGACACCCAGCCGGGCGGAGCGGAGGGGAGCGUCUGCAGCCGCUGCUGCACCCGGAUCCCCACUCCCCACCACUGUCCUGCUCCCACUGGGGACCCCAGGGGGCUGCUGCUGUGCAUGUCCUGCACGGGCACGCUGGACACAGGCGGUCUGGGCACCACUGCAGCAGCUGGAGAACAACUGCUUCCAGCAGCCAAGGCAGAGGACGGAGCCCUAGGAGGGGACCCUGUGCUGAGCCGGGAGGAGCUUGAUGUGCUGCUAGGUGAGAGCACGUGGGAUGGGAUCUUGCACUGGGCGUUCCAGACCAUGGCACGGCCGCUCGCAGAAACACAGGGGCACCUCGCCUAGCGCACAGACCAAGCAGCAAACGCCACAUGGCAAGCCAUGAAAAACCACCCUCUGAG